AUGGCGACAAAGUUUACACCACAAAGGUACUUCUCAAUUUUGAUCAUGUUAGUGGAAUUUGUACAGGAAAAAGCCCGCUUUUCCCCAGACGACAAAUACUCGAGGCAGAGAGUUUUACUCAAGAAACGUUUCGGUUUGCUGCCAACACAACAACCACCGCCCAACUCCACCUCAAAGCUCUGCGCUCAGUCACUGAACGAAGACUCGCAAAUUCUCUUCUACAGCAUGGCGCGGAAUUUAGGAUUUCUGGUUGUGGCACUUUUGGUGUUGGCGUGGAGAUGUGAAUCGGCCGUGUUCGGUCCGGUGUCAGAAUCUCAUCGAUCAGCGGCAUUGGAGCUUUUUCGUACUACAGGCGAUGGAUCUUUUGGAAGCCUGGAGGAUGUCUACGAGGCAUUAAAGACAUUUGAGGUUCUUGGGAUUAAAAAGGAGUCUGAUGUUAAGAUUUCUGCUUGUGCAUCUGUAGCAAGCACCCUAUUGUCUACUUCUUCCACUGUGAAGGAUUUAUUCCAUGCUCUAAAAGUUAAUGGCAUACUGAAGUGUGAGCUCAAGAAGGAGGCUUUUAUGGGGGCUGAAUCUAAACUUACAGGUUCUCUGAAUGCUGUCGAUUCACUUCUUGAUUAUUACUAUUCCAUAGGAGGUCUAGUCCUUUUGAAGGAUCAGACUUCUGAUGUUGAUGUGCACCUCAAUGAUGCUGAUAAAAUAUUUCGCUCUAUCAAGUCUCUCAGUCAGAGUGAUGGGAGGUGGCGCCUUAGUUCAAACAACCCAGAAUCUAGUAAUGAUGCUGCCGGUAUAGCCCUGGAAGCCCUGGCUGGAGUUAUUUCUUUAGCAUCUUCUGAGAUUGAUCAUUCUCUGAUUGCUACUUUGAAAAAUGACAUUGUGAAGCUUUUUGAUGGUACUGAAAAAUAUGAUGAUGGGACUUGUUACUUCGAUGAGAAGCUUGUUGAUGCGCAUAGCCACCGAGGUCCUCUUUCAGCUUCUGCAUCAGUAGUCCGUGGAAUAACAGCUUUUGUGGAAGUCACCAAUGAAAAUUUAAAUCUUCCAGGGGAGAAAAUUUUGGGUUUGGCAAAGUUUUUUCUUGGUGUUGGAAUUCCUGGGAGUGCUAAAGACUUGGGAUCAAUUCCUCUUAUUUUGUCACUGCCAGCCACUGUCCUUUCGGUGACCAAGAAAGAUCAACUUAAGGUUAGGGUCAGUACUGUGAUGGGUUCAUCUGCUCCGCCUCUGUCUGUAAAACUCAAGCAGAUAUUUGUGUCUGGCUCUAAGGAUGCUUCUAUCAUUAACCAGGAGCUGAAAUUUGAUCCUGAGACUGCAGUGCAUGUCUUGGAAACAUUGCCUACAGAUGUUGAUGUUGGAAAAUAUAUUUUUUCUUUUGAGAUUGUAUUUGAAGAUCCAGAACAUAAGAAAAGCUAUGCUACUGGAGGGAGGACAAAAGUACCUAUUCAUGUGACUGGAGACAUUAAGAUCGAGAAUGCAGAGAUUGAAAUACUUGACAGUGACCUUGGGAGUGUGGCAACUAAGACUAAGCUGGAUUUACCAGGAGAGAACUCUGUUGCGCUGUCUGCUAAUCACCUCCAGAAGUUGAAGUUGACCUUUAGCUUGACUAGUCCAUUUGGAAAUGCCUUCAAGCCUCACCAGGCAUUCCUCAAGCUGAGACAUGAUUUUCUGGGUCUGGUUGAGAAAUUCUUCUACUUGUCUGGGAGAUAUGACAUUCAACUUACAGUUGGAGACUCAGUCAUGGAAAACUCUUUCUUACAAGCUCUGGGUCACAUUCAAUUGGAUCUUCCUGAUGUACCUGAAAAGGCUGUCCGACCUCCCGCACAACCUGUUGACCCGUACUCUAGAUAUGGGCCUAAGGCAGAGAUAGCUCACAUUUUCAGAGCUCCAGAAAAACGACCCCCUAGAGAGCUUUCACUUGCUUUCUUGGGCUUAGUUCUCUUGCCAUUUUUCGGCUUCUUGGCUGGGCUUGUAUACCUUCGUGCUAACCUCAAGAAUUUGCCCAAGUCAACUGUUCCCGCGACCUUUACCAUUCUAUUCCACUUGGGCAUUGCUGCAGUUCUCACACUCUAUGCGCUCUUCUGGUUCAAGUUGGAUCUGUUCACAACAUUGAAGGCACUGGGUAUACUGGGAAUGUUCUUGAUGUUUGUCGGGCACAAGACGCUUUCCUAUCUUGCAACCACAUCUGCCAAGUUAAAAUCUGCGUAAUUCCUGUAAAACCCCUUUUUCCGAGUUUCAGGCAUAGAAAAGUGAUUCUGGUUUGAGGAGUUCGAUUCAAUUCGUGUUCGGGAAUUGGUUUCUAAAUUAUGUAAUUGCAUCUGAAACUCAUUUUUAGAAAAUUUUGAAUUUUACAACAAAUUGGAUUAGCAGACUUCAGAGCACAUCAUUACCUGUUUGUAAGAGUCUUAGGCAUAGAUGACGUAGCUAUUGGGCAUAGGCCAAAUUUACGAUGAGAAAGGAAUACGUGUAGCCUUACAUUGCAGGUAAUCGGGUAGUGAAGUUUAGCUUAUCUUGAUUUCCAUGUCAGACAUACUAUAUGAAAAAGGAAAAAAACGAUAUUAAAAUGACUUUCUGACUUUAGUGGAUUCUGUAGUAUUUGUUUGCUUUCGGCUUUGAUGUUAUGUCUGAGAUUCUAAUAAGAGCCCUUGGUAUGUUCCCUCGCAUCUUCAACUUCUUGAGGCACUUUUGGAAGAUCAUACAAACCAUAUGAAGUUUGUGUGUUUCCAGAUAUAAUUUCGUUCUUUAAUGUGGUAUCACAAGUGUGCUGCAAAUUGUUACUUUUGUUUUGGAGAUGAACGUAAUACUCAAAUGACCUUGGC